GCAAAACAAAAAUCUUUCACUCUCAUUCGAAAGGAGGAUCAUCGCAUAAUAUUUCGCGAGAAGUUUUUGUCGCUUUAUCGCAAAAACUGGUCAAAUUUUUCGUUCGUCCUCAUCCGUCGUCCGUCGGUGUGUUCCGGGAUCUGUGCAGCAGGAAUUUCCAGUGAUCUGCAAUCGCGUACGUGUGUGCUGAUGCGUUGAAUUAGUGUCGUGCGUGCAGAAUAUUCCGGUCCGGGUUCCCGUUCGCCACAGCCACAGCAGUUUGAACUCGUCAUCAUCAUCAUCAUAGCUUUGCCAGCGUAGUUUCAAUUUUCACCCUCUUCUCCAUAUCAGUAGCACCAGCAGCCGCAGCAGCAGCAUAAGAAGAAAUGUCUUUCAGCGAGAGAUUAGCCGGGUUGAUGGCCCGUCCCGGCCAGGAUAACGUUCCUCGAGAUGACGUACCCUGGCAUCUGAAGUACGGCGGACGUGCCGUGGGAAUUGUGGGAGGAUUCUUUGCUAUUCUGUUCGGUCUGUACAACUGCAUCGGUAUUCUGUUGGGAGACGUCGGUUGUCUCGUCGGUGGUAUCCUGGAAAUACUGGCCGGUUUUGUGGUAUUAGCAAUAGAGGCACCAUGUUGCUUCAUCUUCAUCGAUCACGUCCAACAGGUGGCAGAGAAAGCUGACCAGCGACCGUACUGGAACCGAGCUGCUCUGUACUGCGUCAUCGCAAUUCCACCGGUAGUCCUUUGCCUCGGCUUGGGUAGCUUAUUCGGCUGUGGUCUCAUUUUCGUAACUGGAAUGAUCUACGGCAUGAUGUCGCUCGGCAAAAAAGCGUCAUUUGCGGAAAUGCGGGCGGCAGCAGCGGCAACGGCGGCCUCGUCCGCUGAACAGGGUCGUGCCGGAGGCGCCAACGGAGCGACCGGAUCGAAUCUGGGAGGCUCGAAUCCGAUCAGCAAGCAAAGCUCGACCCUGGUCAACAAUGUGCAACCGAUCGCAUACAGUAUGCCACCACCGUACGAUAGUGUAGCCUAAGUAGUAGACGAAGCAGAUGAUGAUAAUAAGAAGAGGACGAGCGAAAAGACUUUGGAGAUAUUGUUGUCCAACCACCAAACAUCCUUCCUCCCUCCCCACCUCCCUCCCAUGCCUUUGUAAUUGUAUUGAAGAUAUUUCGACUCUAGCUGAGAAACUGAUUAGCGAAAUGCUUUUGCAAAACCCAAGUCCUCCCCUAUGUUAAGCAUUCAUUAAUAUGAUAUACCUAAGUUCUUCUGUUAUUUUAACUACUACGUGCAUUUUUGCUGUUUUAUCGGCGAUACAAAGUAUGUGAACUAAAAAGGUAAACACUUAUUAUUAUUACCUAUUAAUGCUGAUUAUCAAAACAUUAAUCCCAUACUAGCAAAACUUAUUGAUAUAGCUUAAUUACAAACAAAACAAAACAAAAAGCACUCUAUUUAUUAGUGAGCAAGAGUUACAAUUGUGCUGUAAUUUUUUUUUCACUUGCGUGAAGUGUAAAUUUGUUGCUCUUAAGCAUCGACGGUUACAUAAUGGGAAAGCAUCAGGAAAAUGAGAAUGAAAAGAAAAACGAACGACAACUGUGAGAUAAAAUUAACAAAAUACAUCAAAUUUAGUUAGCCUAACUCUAUUUAUUGCACUUAAUUUACAGUGGAACUGAUGAAGUAAAGACGAGGAUUAUGUUUUCAGGGGAAGCUAAAAACAAAAAGAAGUUAUAAUGUUAAGUCAGUUUAGAUAUCCAGAACGAAUGUACAGCAAAACAGUAGUGUGAAAAUGCAAGUAGGGGAAAUUAUGAAGACACUCCUGUAUUAAUUAAUAAUAUCAAGUUAAAACUGAAAACAUUACACUAAAGUUUUAAGACUGGCAGUGAAAGAAAAUCCAAGUAAAUAGUUGAAUUUACCAAUAAAAAUAAUUGAAUUGAAAAUUUACCCCAAUUGAAUCGUUCUGAUUUGAUUCAUCAAGAUAUCAUAUGAACAAGAUUGGAUCAGGUUAUAGUUUCUAAAGAAAUUGUUUUUCAACUUGAACCUUUCAGAGUGCUUAAUUCAUCGAUAUGCCAGCUUUGUGCAGCGCAAAAAAUGUGCAGGAGCAGAAAAUGAGUUUUUGAAGCAUAAAGAAAUCAACUUAACAGACAAGUUUAACUACAAUUUAAAAAUUGAGUUUAUGAUCCAUACCAAUCAUGUUCGAAAAAUGAAACCCCAAUCAGUGCUUUUGGUCCCCACAAAAUUGUCUCGAAUUCGUUAGAAAGUCUCAUCGGAAAGCAAUCACUCGCCCGUUUCAACUGAAAGAUUUCCAUUAUACUAGAUAAUCGUUGCUACAAAUAUUUAUACGUUCCAUUCCAAGUUUUUCGCCAGCAGUAAAAACAGCGCAAUAUAUCGAUAUUUUACUUGUGCAAACAAAUAAGUUAUACUACUGUUUCUGGUUACAAUCAAUUUAAGCUGGCAGUUUAAUCCAAACAAGUUAUUGCUAGUUUUGUUUUCUUUAUUAAACAUACACACACACAGAGACACAUUCAAACAACCAAACAAACCAACAUCCACUUCUCAUUUGCUCAUUGUGAAACAAGGACGGAGAACAAGUACGUCAAAGCAAAAGUAAAACGCCAACAUAGAAACGAAGCUGGCGACAAGUAUCGCAGCCGUAGCGAAUUAGGCCAAUAAAACAAUAUCAAUUCAAAGAAGGAACAAAGAAGAGAAUAGAAGUUUAGACUUAAAAUUGCAAAGACAAACGCGAACGGGAUCUCAUUUUACUAACAACCGAAACCGGAAUAAAAAAAACCCGAUAAGGUCAACUGUGUCGUGUGGUUUGCUGCUGUAAGGCGGCUUAAAAAUAAAACGGUGUGAAUAGCAAUAAACGAAAAAAAAACCAAACAGUCAACAAACGCACGAUCGCAAACAGUGGAAUGGAAGAGAACAAUGUCUAAAGCAAAUGCAAACAAGAAUAUAAAAAAAAAACACGGAAAUGUAAUUAUAUAAAAA